AUGAAAAAGUCGUUGAAGAAUAUCAAACUGAAAUUAAGGAACAAAAAGAGGAAGGGAAACUUCGUCUCCUUCUACGACAGAAUAAAAGAAAUUAAUGAGAAGGAGAAGCUGCAGGCAUGUAGCGUCCUCGGCGGCGCAAACUACGACGAUGGUUUAACUUCACAAUGGAUAACUAACGAAUCUAAGGAUGCGGAAGACCUCAAAAGAACAAACUUCUACGCAGCGCUGCAGGUGUACCCCCAGAACUGCUUCAACAGUGACUUCAAAAAAUGCUGCAGAGAACUACAACCGUAUGCGAAAAAUCUAAUGCUCAUUUUGCUAAACAAGGACAAAAUUUUCAGCACCAUUUUCAAGUACAUAGAGAAUAGCAAAAUCCAAAAUGACGAAAAUUAUUUCUACAAAUUGUUGGUGAUCCUCAUAAAGGAUUUAAAAGAUGAAAGCAAAAAGUACAUAGAUCAUAUUUUAAAAAUAUUAUACGACAAAAUUAAUUUUAACAAUUUAGACUUGUUAGAGGAAAUAUUUAAUACCUAUACAAAUAUAUUCAGAAUAAUGAAUAAAAAAAUUAUAAGUAACGUGGAUAAGUAUAUAAAAAUAUCCCUACCAUUGUUACAGCAUCGAAAUAGUAUUAUAAAAAUUUUCAUUGCAGAUAGCUUUUCCUACCUGUUGAGGAAAUUAUCCUUACAUGAUUUAAUAGAGUGCUUUCAAAAAUUAUUUUCCUUUUGCGAUUGUGUGAAAAGGAACAAAGUCAGAGAUUAUUGUGACACGCUGAGCCUCCUCAUGUUAGAAGCUCUAAAAGUUGAUAAAGACAAACUGUCCAGAAAAACUUUACCCUUUCUGAAGUUUAUAAUUUAUUCACUAUUCUUAAAAACGACAUAUUAUUGUGAAGAGACGGAGAGUCAUUAUGAGCCAAUUGAAGAUACACACUCUAUGCACUUUAUAAAAAAUGCAGUAGCAACCUUCUUCGUUGAUAUUUAUAAUUUUACGAAAAAGGGGAAUUUUGAAUUUGUGGAAAUAUUUCUAACCUUCAUUUUGAGAAACUACUCCAUUCUGUUCAGAAGAUACUACACGGAUUUGUUAGUUCAGUCUGACCAAAGUGCAGAUGCGCUGCAUUUGCUGAUCAGUCAAGGGGGCCCAAACGGGGUCUCCUCAAUUUUUCCCUCGUUAGACAAUUCGGAUGGGCACAGUAGUGAGGUGGUAACUACUGCGUAUGAUUUGCAAGGUGAGGAUGACGGCGGAGUGGAGGCUUCUCCAUCGAGCCACGCUCCAGAUGAAUCACCAGAGAGAAGCUCCAAACUUCGCAACAACGAUCAGUUUAGUGAUGAUCACCCACACGUAGACACCAAACAGGCGCAAUCCUCCGAAAUGCAAAGGAAGGCCUUUUUCGCGAAAGAAAUUUUCCACAGCUGUACGAACUUUUUUCUGAAAAAAAUAUUAAGCAUAUGGAUAGAAAAAAACAGCCAACAGAAAUGUAUAAUUGUGGAAACCGUUCUUCGCGAGCUCAGUAAAUACGCCCAAGAUGUGCACUGUUUGAAGUUAAAUUACGUCUCCUUUUUUUAUAUAUGGAAUAUCUACGACCACGUGUUCUUUUUACUAAAUCGGGACGUGGUCUCCAAUGAAGGCAUAAAAAAUAUGUUCACCUCUCUAAUCAAUAUAUUUAUGAGCAUGGUGACUGCAGAUCAGUGCAAUAACCUAAGUCGCCACCACCCUCUUCGAGACUCCCUCUUCCGCUGUUUCAUUCUCAACGUGGACGAACUGUUAAGCAGAAAAAAUCACAGCAGCGAAGAUUCACAUCUGAACGAUAUUUUGAAGUGCAUAUUUGUCAACAUAGCGAGAGAUGUGCAGAAGGUUGACAUAUUUAUGCGUUCACAGGAAUGCCACAUGGUGGACGCACUGAAGGAGGGAGCUGGCCAAAACCACUUACCCGAAGAGGAAAACAUGUCUAAAAAAGUAGACCCCUACAACAUCUCCGAUGAGGGUGCUAAUCUACAUUUGGGAAAAAUAUUCCUCCUGUUUGACAUUUUGAAAAACACAACAGGAAGGGAGAGUAACUCCACGGAGGAGUGUAAGAACAUGCACAAGAAGAAACGACAAAAUGGAGACUUGUGCACAGAUGAGGAGAUGGACUGCUCCAGACCUAGCAGCGGAAGGGGUUCCUUCCACCAUGGGUCUGACAACACGCGUAAUAACAAUAUGAGCCAUGAGGAUUCCCCAACACAAAUGCAAACAGAGCUUCAUAAUUUAUUUUCCAUCAUCUUCGAAAAAGUAACAAACAUACUUGCAAUUUUGAAGAGCAUUAAUGAGUAUGCCAAUGUGGACAGUACAACAAUUAUGAAAAACGGGGAAGAGGUUCCAAAUGAACCCGAGGAAAAUAUCCAAAAAGUAGUACAGUUUUUAUUUGCAUACGUGAGCCUACUAACAGAAAUAAGCAGAACCGACGGGACCAUACUACUUUUAUGCGAAAAACGCAAUGGUAACAAAAAGGAGGAGGACAGCUUUUUUACUAUAUUUAGAGAAAUAUGCCACAGGGUGGAAGAACUGAAAAGUAGACAUUGCAUAGGAAGGAAACUCCACAAGGAGAACUCCUCUCCCGAUAUGAAUUUCUACCUGAACAGCAUCAUAUUGGAUGGACAUGUUAUGAUGACAAGGUUGGCGAAGGAAAUGUAUGAACAAAGCGAAGUAAUCGAAAACGUCCUUCCGAGCAACAACAGGUUUUUGCUGACCUGUUUAAGCAAGUGGGAUAAGCACGAGGUGUAUGGUGUGGACUACUUGAAAAAAAUAAAAAACAUACUUACCAACCUGAACGAAAUGAACUUUUUUGCACACAAAAUGGAUGACUUAUGUGCAUACUUAAAGGUCUUUAAAAAGCUGUUUCUCCAUUACGACAAGGCGAAUAGGAAAGAGUUCCUGCAAAUUAUCCAAUUCGUAGUAGGCAUAUGUAUUGCACUGAAAAAGGAGAAAGGAAGUUAUCAUACUACAAAUGAGGACAGCACUACAUCGGAAGAGAGUAGUAACCCUACCUGCUACGCGAAGUUGUUACCCCUUUUUGAUUGUCUCAUUUAUUUAGAAAAUGAAGAAUACUUAGCCACGUACGAUAAGAUUUAUGAGUCCAAAAUUAUUGACGUAGUAAAUUAUUUGACCUUUUUUAAAAGCUUCAACAUUUUAAGCGAUUACUUGCUGAAGGUGUGCACAAAAGUUUGUAUUGUAGAAUUGGUUUAUCUGUUGAAUGCUAGUUUGGUGAGUAUCCCCAAGGCAAUCACUCUUCACGUGAAGAACUUCCUGCGGUCGUACAGCAUAGACAAACAAAUGGACGACGAAGAGAGUUAUCACCACCAGUUGGAAUACUAUUUUUUUGUACUAAACGAGGUUUUCAAAAUGGGUAAGGAAGAGCUGCUCGCUGUGGAAGCGGAGGUGAGCAGAAAAAAUGCUUCAUGGGGAGAUUCAGCCAGUGACAUUUGUGAGGAAGAAAACACUGCGGAUGACAGUGCGAAGCACUUUGUGGGGGAAAUGGACGGACGAGAGGAUCACAGUGAGGGUGGCCACCGUCAGCAUUGCACCCCCCCCCUGAGGGACCUCAUUUGGCGGAACAUAGAAGAGUGCGAAAUUAAUAUACAACAGUAUGUGCACACCAAGAGGGGCAACAAACCACCCACAUUGCCAAGAAGCAAACAUGUGAAUGCUGAAAAUACCCUCAAGAUUGCAUUCGCCACCAUCCAUAUGGUGAUCGUGCCGCAGGUGAACAGCCUUAACAAAUCGUAUAGAUCAAAACUGCUGGAUAUGUACGUUUGGAUAAUGAGCUAUAUUAAUAGCAAUUUCAGGCGCUUCGUCCAGGAGUUAAAAUAUUACUCCCUCUUGAAUGUGGUGUUUGACAUUGUGGAGAGUUUGAAUGAGUUAUGUCAUGUGCAGGGGGGAGCGUCCCAGUCUGCCACGUCUACGCAGCCACAAGUUGAUCGAAUCACCCGCGCCGUAAAAACCUUCGUCAGCAAAUUUGCCCACAGCAUGAACAUUUUGAGCAUCCCCAAUAUGAUCAAAUUUCUGCAUAUACUCUGCACAUACAACGAGAAACUGAACAACUACAAAAACGACAUUGAAGAAAUGCUACUGGAGAGGAAUGUCAAUAUCACCAAGUUACUGCUGAACAUAAAAGAGGAAGACAGCAGCGGGAUUAUCCCCAUUUUGAUAAAAAUUAUUUUCUGCAUUUUAAAAAAUAAAAUGAAAAAAGGAAAUAAAAAAUUGAAGAAGAAUAUGAUUUUUUACCUAUCCAACAUUUCUUGUGACAAUUACUGCCACAUCCUUAUAUCUGUAGUGUACCCCUUGGUGAAUGUAUACGAGGGUUCAAUUGACUAUGGUAACUUACUCAGAUACGGAGAGAAGGAGAGGGUGUUGGUCAGUUUCCUCACCAAUUGUCAGGGGAACUUUGCGGCGCACUGGAGGUACCAAUGUGACACGCGGGCAGUAAAUUCAACCAUUGCGGUGGCCAGUGCAACGGUCAAUACAAACAAUGGGGAAGGAAUUUCCCUCUGCUACGACGACGCCUUUAAUCACUCCAGUUGGCACUUCGGCAACCAUAUAAUUGAAAUAAAGAAAGAUGCGCUGUUUAAAAACUUCCACUUCAACAAAAGCAUUAGUCUUUUUAUCGAGAUACUGAAGAUCAUGAAGUACAAGCUGGAUACCUACAUGGAUUUUUUUCUCCACGUCUUUGUCACCAUAAGUCACUACAUCAAUGUUUACCACCUGAUGAAGAAGAAGGCGAAGGGGAGAAGGAUUUUCCUGGUGGUUAAGAAGAUGGAAGGUAGAGACAAAUGUGGAAGCGACGACGGGGGGGAGGAGACCCAAAUGAUUAGUAGCCUCGGCGAAAGUGAAUACAAGGACGGGGCGAAAGAACACCAGCAGAAAUUUGAUCACGAGUUUGAUAAUGAGUGUGAGCGUGCCCCCCCCAAGGAACACACUGUCGAACUGAACGUGAAGAACUCCUACCUGAAGAACGCCAACAAGAAGUGCAUUGAGAGCAUCCAGUUUAUCAUGCUCAACUACGAAAUGACAACUGCCAAUUUGGAGAAGGCAAAAGAUUUCUUCACCUUCCUGUUUAGAAAAAAUUUGAAGAACAUAGGGAAACCAAAUUUGUUCCUGAAAAUUCUGCUUGACAUUUGGAGUAAGAACGAAUCGUAUCACGGGUUCUACGACAGUAUCGUACCUAACUCUUUACCCGUUUUGGUGAAAGCUGUGAACAACCCAUUAAUUGUCAGCCGAUUGAGUUACACUGAAUGGAACGCACUCACGGAGAAGGUAUUCGAUGUUGUUUUGCGCCUCUGUGGUUAUGACCAUUUGGAGGGCAACGAACUGAAUUGGCGUAAAGGGGAAGCCCCCAUAAAAGAGCAGGAGCGCAUUCGGGGGAGAAUCAAAAACAGGGGAGUACAGACAAUCGUGGAAAAGAGAAAAGGCUAUGACGUGUCCCCUUCGAUAGGCAUGAAGAUAUUGAAUCCACUCAUUUCGGACAUUAUCGUAUGUAUUAGGAAAACCAUUUUAAGAAGGUACAAACAGUUCCUUGAGGAAAAGGAAAAAGGAAUCACACUUCGUAAAAGAAGCAAAACAGAUGAAUUAAAAAUUAUUACCAAUAAAGAACUAUACAUUCUAAUUGAAUUGUCUUCCGUGAACAAAAACCAGAAGUACAAUUUGCACGUCAUUAAUAUAAUUAUCACCUUCGUGCUUAUCAAUGUUAAGUCGCUACAUAGUACAAAUUCGGACCACGUGCAGAAGCUCAAACUUAUAUUGGUAGCUUUGAAGAGGUUACUCAUUAAUGUAUCAAAGGGGGAAAAUGAGUACCCAAAAUGGAAGGGAAAAAAGAAAACAAAUUACAACUUAUCCUUCUAUUAUGAAGCGACGAGGAACGCCACGCCCAGAUGUGCAAAUAUGUCCCAUGUAGACAAUGUAGAGGAAAAAAAACGUGCACGAAAAAUAAGCGUAUACUCAUUUUGUCAGCACUCCUAUCACUAUUCGCACAUAUUGUACGUGUGCUACAAACUAAAAAGCAUGGUGUACGAAAUUGUCCAGAGAUGCUAUGACGUCAGCUGUAGAGUCCUCGCCGGGGAUCUCCUAAUUAUGAUUGGUUGCAUCUUUCUAAAAAUUAGAAACAUAAACAGAUAUUUAGAAAAUUUUAAAAAAAAUAUGGACACCUUUUUAAAAAAAACAAACGAGCUUAAUUAUAACUCCAAAGUGGUCCUAAAGCAGAUCAUGAAAAUUCCUUUAAAAAAUGACCAAACCAGAAGGCAGAAUUAUUAUUACACCUUCCUUCAGAUUGCCCAGAUAUUUUGCGGUCUCAACAUUUGCAAUGACCAAAUCUCCCACCAUGAAUACGACGCGGAUGUGCAGUUUUUAAUUUUCCUCGAUUUGUGUAAUGUGAAAAUGGCUACCGUUAUGAGGAGUUAUGCGGUGGAAGGGGAAGAAUACCCAAUGGGAAGCCGCAACAAUGAGGAGGUAAACAAGGGGAAGAAGAAGAAGACACCCAGCAAAUACACCUUUGAUCACCUGUUUUCAAAUAGCAACAAGUUGUUCCAUGAAAUCCUCGUGAGGCACAGCUCCUUUUUAAUUUUCAACGAAGCGACCAACGAUAUGGUUAGAGACAAAUCCGUGCAGUUCGUUUUGUUCUUCCCCCAAUUCUUGAAAUGGCUACUACAGGCGUAUGAAAGGAGCGAUGAGAAUGUGCACCACCUGAGCAUCGAGAGAGACGUCAAAAUAUGUGUCCAUUUCCUAGUUAACAUUAUAAUACCCAAAGCGCUCAACGCACUAAAAAAGAACGUCAACGAUUUUACCAAAAUUGCGCUGCAGAUUAUCUUCACAACGGUGAAGCUAGUUAGCCCCCACAUGGACGCACUCAAACGAUUAGAUGUUGAACCCUUUUUAAGGGAGGUUAAAAAUUCUCUGGUAAAAAAUUAUGUACUCAAUGCAGACACAGAUUCUUUGUUCUGCUUUAGCGCCGUGAAGACGAAUAAGAGUGAGCAGAGGCAACCCUCCGAAGAGGAAAGGACGAACUUCAAAAUGUUGGAAAGGUUGCUAUUUCACGACUUACAUCACAACCUAGUUGGAACAUUUCAUGAGAAUAAGUCAAAUAAGAUUGGGAGGAAAGAUGAAGAAAAUAAUAAACGUACAUCCAUAAUCGAAAAUAUAAUAGACCUUAAAUCAGAGAACAACUCCAAAGGUGUGGAAAAAUUAAUCGCCAUUACCCCCCUAUUGUGCUACUACACCAUUUCUAAGAUUGUAAUUCCACUUGCACUGAAUUACAUCCUCCAAACGAGUUCAAAAAAAGAAACAUACAACAAAACACUAAGCGCAAAUAGCAUCAAGCUUCUUGGCACGUGUACCGAGAGGGUGGGUAUCAAAGUUGUUUAUAACCUUUUGGAGUUGCUUCUUUCGGAACUGAAGAAAAACUCAUUUAAUAAGGUAUACGUCGAAAAGGCAGUAAGUCACAUUGUGAGGACGUACGAUUUUAGGGAAUUCAGGGGCAUGGAAUUGGAGCAGAAUUGGGCCCGCCCAGGGGGAACAUCCUCGGAUAAAUUUCGAAACGGGGACGAGGUAAACCGCGCCGCAGAGCAAAAUGAAAGAAUCCAAAUGGGAGAAGUCAAAGGGAUAGAAGUUGCAGUGGAAGACGCACCUGUGGAGGCCGAACCGACGGGGAGGGGCAGUCCCAGCCCGCUCUGCCACAAGUUCAUCCGUCGCAUCCUGCCACAGUUGAAGCAGCUAAUGUUCGACAAAUUCGCAACGAACGACAAGAAAAAACAAAAAAGUUACAUAAACGACCAAGUCGUUGACUUCAAAAAUAAGGAGGCAGUGGCCAAGGCAGACAUCAUCAUAUCAUUUUUAGUAAUUUUAAACAAAAUGAAUUACAAUUUUGAGAAAGAGUUACACAAAAUAAUUUACAGAUUAUGUUUCUGCUUGUCAUCCAAAAAUAACAAUGUAAGAAGUGAAUCGAAGAAGACCAUGUGUUUCAUUUCCAUGUACCUCGGUUUGAGCUACUUCGAUUUGAUCAUAAAGCAAAUGUCGGAUUAUCUGACCAAGGGAUAUCACGUGCCGAUAUUUUUGUGCACAGUUAACUCCAUCCUGGAGUCUGUGCUAAAGAAGAAGGACAAAUUUUUAGACAAGAAUUACUUAACCAUCGGUUUGAACGUUCUGAACGAUGGGAAUAUCAAAAGGUCCAAGAGGAAGGACUCCAAUCCGCGCAGCGGAAGUAGCGCCACCCCGCACGACGCCUUCUGCACCAACAUUUUUAACAUGAUCAAGCUAGAAAUAAUAAACGAAAUUGACAAAAAUACUGAAGAUGUUAAUAAGAAGCAUAUAAAAAGAAAAACGAAGGAAAGCAAAAAGACCUAUGGAAAGAAUAUCAUUAAGCUGUUAACAAAUAUAGUACCCGAAAAAUGUAUCGAAAAUAAUAUCCUCACAUUUUUAGAAAGCUUAUUUAGUGGAGAAUCAUUCGAAAAUAACGAAGUGGAUAAAAAUUUUAUUUUUAAAAAAAAAUAUAUUUUUAUCGUAUUGUCUUACUUCAACAAUUUUGUAAAAGGAAUAGAAGAGAAUAGAAGUCUCUCCCCCCAUUUUGUCCUAAACAUUAUUUACAAACUGUUAACCAAAUCGGUGUAUUUUUUCAGAGGGGAUGAUUAUCAAAAUUUGUGCAGUGUUAUGCAAAAUAGCUCCAUUUUACUUUUUAAAUAUAAAGUCCCUGACCAAGCAGUGCAGACCUUUGGCAGCUUCAAGAAGGGUAUCCAGUUUUAUGUGCCUCAGGAAACAAUGGAGGAGAGGUACUUGGGACUUAAUUACCAAAACAAAUGUGUCCAUUACCCGUCUAAAGGGAAUAACAAUAUGCAUAUAAUACAGGGGUCAUUUCAGGAGAAAAGCAUUUAUGACGCUAUUGGAAAGACGAAGAAAUUUGAUUUCCAGGUACUUGCACAGGUGUUGGCUAGGUGUGCCCUCAAGUUGUUAGCUUACGUGGUGAAGCGCUCGUCAGAGUUGUUCACGCAGGAUAUAAGGUUAAGAAGUAAUUCAGAUGCUAAUGACAACAUAGAUGGUGUUAUACAGGGUGGGAGAUACCCCUGCGGAACGAUCAAAGAAACGCCAACUUUCUACUCCGCGUCCACCACCGUGACGAACGUGGAUGAUAAAUCGCCUGGAGAAAAUGAAAACGCGCAGAAGGGGCAAUUCACAUUUAUCGGUAAUGACAAGGGAAGCACCGCAGAGGCAGUCAUCACCCCCGUGGGGAACAAAACUAAUAACAAUUGGGUAAACCCGAACAAUUGGGGCUCCUUUUCAAGCUUCCCGGAAUUUAUAGGCCUAAUUGAACCGCUCCUUGUGUACUUCUUCUGCUACGGAAAGGAAGACGUAUUUGUUCUAUCCUCCAAGUGCAUCAAAAUUAUUAAAAAAAAGAAAUUCAGCGAUUUUAAAAAGUUUGGAAAAUUAAUUAUCCUCUCAUCCGUGGAUAUACUAAAAAAUAUCCCCAAUUAUUACAGCAAAGAAUUUGAUAAGCUCAUUCUGUCAUGCAUUGACACCUUGACAUAUCUCAUACGGGGUAACAACAAAAAUGAUAUUAUAUCUUGGCUGAAUUCUGACCUAUCCUAUCGGGGAAAACCUAAUGAUAGUGUUGAUGAGUCCACAAAUAACGACACUGUUUUGAAGAAAAAGAGAAAAUUGGAAAACGGCACAAAUAGUAAGAAUCCCCAUGACCCACAUCACAAGAUAGCAAAGUUGAAGAAGCAGAAAAAACUGAAUUAUUUGCUGGACGAAAAGGUCUUAUCUAUGCAUUAUCCCACCAUGGAAGGGGGAGAAAAUUCCCAGGAGGAAGAAGAAGAAUCGACUAACACUCUACGAUACUGCCUAAUUAACCAAAUUUCGAUGCUACUAGAAAGUAAGAAUCACGUGUGGGAGUUACUAAUAUUAUUUAAAAACUGCAUGCUGCGGGAAGACAUAAAUAACCUCAUCAAGAAGGGGGCGAUUAUCCUAAAAAUGAACAGCUGCAUUGAUCAAAUUUUUACCAUCAUGAUAGAAGAGUCUCAUAAUAUGAAAUUGUCAUUUCUGUGUGGACAAAUUUAUGUCGACUUUUUGAUGCGCUUUCCUAUAUCAAAAAAGGAGAAGAAAAAAAAGUUUUUCCAAAUUUUAAAUAAUUUAAAUGAUGAAAAUGACGACUCCAGGAUUGCCACUUUGAAUGCCCUCUACGUCUUCCUCAACAGAUCUAACGCCAAGUUAUUAAAGGACGAAUUUUAUUACGUUACUUUUGCCAGCAUCAUAGUGCAUUUUACUAAUGAAACAAAUUACAAGUGCAAGAAAAUGUAUAUCUUUUUGACCUCAUUACUCUUCCAACAAGUGAACGAUUUGACCUAUGUUUUUAAUUCGUAUAAAAUGUUAAAGCGGAACUUACUCUUUUGCGAAAAGACAUCUUUCACGUAUACCUACUUGUAUUUGCUUCCCCUCUUCUCUUCCAUUUUUUCCGAGCGGGUUGAUACAUAUGGGCAGAUGAUUCAGGGUGAUGAUAAGCUGGAACAGGAUGAGCUGAGUUCAGUAUCGAAGGAGCACCAAAAGGGGAGACGAGACAGAAUAUUGCAGCUAACUUUGUGGGGGAAAGACGUAUCGAUGGAAAAUGACAGAAACGGCGAAUCUAGUGCAUGUCUCCAGGAUGCACUUAGUGUGGGUAACUCCCUUGGGGAGGACACCAUGAACGAGGAGCACAACACCAUUAGAAAUUACUUCAUAAAGGAACUACUUAGAAGCACGAAAAAGUACAAUACGAAGAUGAGCCCAAGUGAAAGCGACGGUGUAGUUUUUUCCCCCCCUAGUGAUAUGACCCUUUUUAUGAAAAACCAAUUGGAAGAUUUGUUCCUAUCGGUCAUGUUUUACCUAAUCGACAGGACGUGCGCUGAUGUGAAGGCGUUCAUGAAGGGGGACAAGCUGUCUCUUCAAGUAAUAACCUCCACGCAGAACAUUACCCAUUUUAGUAGCAACUAUGAGAUAUACGCACAGAUGGACAAGGAUUUAGUAUACCUCUUUUACAAGGCACUAGAGCAGAUUUUUACCCAUAUGGAUAUAGACUUGAUAGAAAAUUUGGUGCAAGAAAAACACGCCCACAAAAUGUACAAGCGGUACUUCGUAAAGGAGGACCAACUAGUGUAUACCAACGGAGGGUGUACAACAGACGGAGAAGAAAAAGAAACAAACGCAACAGCUAAUGAAGACACAAUCCACGACAAAUUAAUUUUGUACUUUCUGUACUUCUGGAAUUUGAUCAUACAAAAUGGACUGUUCAAUAAGAACCCAUAUGUGCAAAUCAUAUCGCUGAAGAUGCUGCUAAAUUAUAUAAGUAACAAAAUGACACGCCCGUUUUUCCCUCUCCUAUUGGUCAAGCUGUAUUCUUCGGAUAAAUUUAUUAUCAACCUGGUUUUAAAAAAAGUCCUGUCCCUCCUGUUAAAUUCAUACUUUCUGGAACAUUUCUAUAUAUACCAUAAGGAAAUUAGUGUUUUUCUGUCCAAAAUUUGCGUGCUGUUGGUUAACUUCCCGUGGAUUACCAACGGGUUUGAUGACCAAAGUGGUAGCGAAGAAGUAGCGUGUCAGAGCUACUGUGUGGAAAAUUGUGGCCAAGUGAAAGGGCCAUGUAAUUCACCCUGUGAUAAAGACACCGAGUAUUCACAUGUUACCGCACAUCGAAAUGGUCCUAGCGAGGAGACUUCCGCAAAAGAAACCCAAAUGGACAACCAUUUUAGCGGCGCAAGUGAUGUCGAAGGAGACGAAGAAUUCAAAAAAGUGAACACAAUUUUGGAGAAAGAGCAGAAUGAGCAAGAUAAAAAUACUUCCUACGAUCGGGUGGAAGUGCUAAUAAGGCCAAAUUUGAAAAUAAACAAGGAAAUGCUUUCCUACAGCAAAUUCUUCUUAGUCAUCGUUACCCUCUCACGUGCCAUAAACAUCCAUUUGAUAAACAAGAAAAAAUCUUUUGUGAGAAUUCUAACAAUUUUAAAUACGUACAAAAAUAUAAUUCAGGAUUUUCCCCCAGAACUUUGGUCCGUCCAGAAUGAAAUAAUUAACAUCGUCCUUCCCUCCUUAUACAAAGUAGCUUCCAUAUUUAAAAAGAAAUACUUUGUCGAGGAUGAAAAGAUUUUCGAAGAAGCGAACACAUACAAUAAGCUCCUUUACCUGUCGAGCUACGCGUGGGACAUUAUUUCUCAUCUGGAGGAAAAACUGCAAAACGAUAGGGGCACUUUUAAUAAAGCCUUCGUUCAAGCGAGACAGAGGAUCAACCGAAUUAGGUUUAUUAAAAGAAAAAAGAAGAAUUUGUUAGCCUUGAAAAAUCCCAAGCUGUUUACCCUAAAUAAGUUAAAAAGGAGGGAGAAAAAAAAAAUGCAAAAGAAGAAAAUGAAAAUGAACCUGUAG